GUCCGUGGUGCUGAUGGGAGCGACGCUCUCCUCUCCAGCUCCAGCCGCUACUGCGCAUGUUGCAUGACAGGUACACGCAAGCCUCCAUCUUGGGCAUCCCGAGCUGAGGCGAAAGGGCAGCAGCCAUAUACACACUGAUUCAGUAGUAAUAAUAAUAAUAACAACAACAAAGCGGGAUCGGAAACCAAAACAUUGGCAUUUUGCCGAGAUGUAACUUUUAUUUUUUUUUUAUUUUUCUUCUCCAUCAAACAAAUUCAACAAACCGCUCCAGUGGUGAGAGAGAGAACAGAAUGGAAAAGAAAGACAGCGGCUGGACUGGAAGGCUCUGGUAACGAUUAAUUGCUCAGCCAGUUUCACCACAUCCAGUUUUUGUGAGGAAGUGACAGAUGAUAAAGCCGUACGGCUCAAUUCACACCAGAAUGGGAAUGAAGAAAUUUGCAAUCCUUCUCUUAGUCCUCUCUCUUUGCCUAGAAGGAGGAUUUGCAAAAGAGAAAGGAACAAAGAAGGGAAAGAAGAAAGGGAAACAGGUUUACUGUCCUUCACAGCUGUCAUCUGAGGAUCUGGCCCGAGUCCCUGCAAAUUCAACCAGCAACAUCUUGAACAGGUUACUGAUCACUUACGAUCCCAGAAUAAGGCCCAACUUCAAAGGAAUUCCUGUGGAGGACAGAGUGAACAUUUUCAUCAACAGCUUCGGCUCGAUCCAAGAAACGACCAUGGAUUACAGAGUCAACAUCUUCCUGCGGCAGCGCUGGAACGACCCAAGGCUGAAGCUGCCACACGACUUCAAGUCUGAUUCUCUCACUGUUGAUCCCAAGAUGUUCAAAUGUCUCUGGAAACCUGACCUGUUCUUUGCUAAUGAAAAGAGUGCAAACUUUCAUGACGUUACCCAGGAAAACAUUCUUCUUUUCAUAUUUCGUAACGGAGAUGUCCUUAUCAGUAUGAGGUUGUCGGUCACUCUCUCUUGUCCGUUGGAUCUGACCUUGUUCCCCAUGGACACACAGAGGUGUAAAAUGCAACUUGAAAGUUUCGGCUACACGACAGAUGAUUUGCAGUUCAUGUGGCAGACAGGAGACCCUGUACAAAUGGAUGCUAUCGCCCUGCCACAGUUUGAUAUCAGACAAGAAGAUAUUGAUUAUGGAAACUGCACUAAAUUCUAUGCAGGAACAGGUUACUACACUUGUGUAGAAGUUAUCUUCACCCUGAGGCGACAGGUUGGCUUCUACAUGAUGGGUGUUUAUGCCCCCACGCUGCUUAUCGUAGUCCUCUCCUGGCUGUCCUUCUGGAUCAAUCCUGAUGCCAGCGCCGCCAGGGUCCCCUUAGGCAUACUGUCAGUGCUCUCCCUGUCUUCUGAGUGCACUUCCUUGGCUUCAGAGCUGCCAAAAGUGUCCUACGUCAAGGCCAUCGACAUCUGGCUCAUUGCUUGCCUGCUGUUUGGUUUCGCCUCGCUGGUGGAGUAUGCCGUGGUUCAGGUGAUGCUCAACAGCCCAAAGCGCAUUGAGGCUGAGAAGGCCAAAAUGGCAGCCAAGGAGAAAGCUGCGGGAAAGAGCCCUGCUGCCAGGAACAACACGGUCAAUGGCACUGGAGGGACGCCGCUUCAUGUCAGCACCCUACACGUGGCCGAGACCCGCUGCAAAAAGGUGUGCACCUCCAAAUCAGACCUUCGGACCAAUGACUUCAGCAUAGUGGGCUCGCUACCACGAGACUUUGAACUGUCAAACUUUGACUGCUAUGGGAAGCCCAUCGAUACUGGCGCUGGUCCCGGCAAAUCUCAGGCUAAGAACAACAAGAAGCCUCCUCCUCCGAAACCAGUCAUCCCGUCUGCUGCCAAAAGAGUCGACCUGUACGCCAGAGCUCUCUUUCCUUUCACUUUCCUCUUCUUUAAUGUAAUUUACUGGUCCAUAUACUUGUGAUUAUCUUGAAAUUGUCUGGUAUUAUUGACCACCCCAAAGCCUCACUCAUGGGUUCUUUAUUGACCAGAAAACGUUCACAGACUCCAUCCCCAAAAAAUUAAAUGUGAAACCUAACCAUAAAAAAAAAAGAUUCCUAAGAUGAAAAAAAAUGUAUUUAUUAUUAUUGAUACAUUUAUCUUAUCAUAAAAAAGUAACUAUGAUCACUUGCGUAUUGUACAAUGAUUACAAACUAAUCUUUCUUAUCUUUCCUAAAAUAGAUAUAUAUAGUAGCAUCUUGCAUUAAAAUAAUUUAUUUAUGUAUUUAAAAUGGUACUUGAGCGGCUAAUACAGGACUGCAGAGAUAGCAACUGUCGUGAUGGCUGGUGAGUGAACAAAUCCACGAAGAUUGACUAAGAACAGAGACGAAGAUGCACAGAUUUAUUUAAGAGCAUUUGUACAUAGCUAUUUGAUUUGUCUCCCGCGCCCAGUGGGAGCGCUUUUGCAAGUUAAAUUGUGUUAGAGCAGUUUAUUUCAGCUUUAAUGCAAAGUUUAGCAUUGUGUAGCUUGCACGUUAAAGAUAUUGCAUGUAUAUGGAGAUAAAGUAUGAUAUAAGUAUAAAGUGUUUAUUAAACUUUAUUAUGAUUUGCUCUUGAGAAGACAUGUGGAUACGUAAAACACUCCUGUUCCUGUUCAGAUGGUCACAUAACACUGCCACUUCUUUAACCAAUGUAUUGUUUAACACCUCAAAAACUGUGUGUAAAUGGGUCAUCAUUGAGCUGUGACCACGUGUUUGUGAAAUUUACUAGAAGAAAAUACACAAUCAAAUGACUUUUCACCAUUUGAUGUGAUUAAAGAUGACAACACCGAUAUUUGAAUAAAACACUGUGCAAUUGUUUGUUUUUUCACAAUAAAUAAAAAGAAAGCUGGA